AUGGAUGACACCGAUGCGUCUGCAGAGGACAGUGUCGCCCAACUGAGCGAAUACUGGCCCCUCUCCAAACUAUCUACCCUCUCGAACGAAGCGAUGAACACUCCUUCUUCCCCCCUCCUCACACACCACAGCCUCACUAUCCAAGCAGACGUCGUGUUGGCGCACAAACUCGUCCCGCAGGGUGUGCUAGAUCUCAUACUCAGCAAGACAGAGCUUAUCAUCGCGAAGAAGUUCCUCGGGAAUGCAGAUGAAAGCCUGGAAGAAAUGGUGCAUUUCGCUGUGGAAGGCGCGCGGAAGGGGUUCUCACAACAAGCCGACCUCUCUAUAUACGACCACUCCUCUGAAGAGACACUUUUCUUCCGUACGCAAGGGUUCGAGCCUUUCCUCAUUUCAUGUAUCUCCUCCGCGUUGGCCAGGCCGACGUUCGUUGGUAUCCCACUCACGCACGGGAGCGUGGGGGCAGGGUACAGAUGCCGGAGUAUGCGUUGGUUAUUUUGA